CAUAGCGAAAUCUUUUUAAUUAAGGGUUGAUAGAAGCUAGUAUUUUUUUUAUAAUAUUGUGCAAUAUUAAAUUGAAAGCCAUCCUUCAUGGUGCAAUAUUUGUCUUAUUGACCAUCUUUAGAUUUCUGAGAAAGUUUUUAUCUUUUUACAGUGGUAGAUUACCUAACGUAAAAACAGUGAUCCAACAUGUCGCAAGUGAAAACCAACACUAAGAAGAGCGAAGUCUACCUAAUGGACAACUUGAAGAGGUAUUACAGCACAGACGCGAAGGGUACCACCGCUGAGUACUUUGAAACUGACUUGGAGGAGGCUCUAGACAUCGUGGGCGCUGGUAAAUACCAAGUGUACCACAGCAUUCUGAUGCUGGCCACACUAUCCGCGGCCCUUCUGGAGAUCAUCGGCAACGCCUUCAUCCUGCCAGCGGCUGCUUGCGACCUGAACCUGCCGGAUCAUCUCAAAGGGAUCGUCACGUCGGUACCUAAUUUAGGUGUGAUCCUCACAGCACCAUUAUGGGGCUGGGCCGCCGACUCCCUCGGCAGGAAGCCAGUGCUUCUGGUGUCGUGUAUCAUCGCUGGGGCCCUAGGCCUCGUGGCAGCCUUCGCUUCAACACUGACAGGCUACGCCGGCUGCAAAUUCGCGGCGUCUCUUUUUCUGUCCUGCCCAUCGUCAUUAGGAUGGGCGUACAUCAGCGAGAUGCUCCCGCGCAGGCGAAGAGACGCGGCCGUGCUGGCCUGCAACGGGUUUCUCAUGCUGUCGUCUACUUUGAGUCCAGUAAUAGCAUGGGGCAUCCUCUCAUUCGAUUGGCGAUUCAUCAGACCAUGGCGGCUCCUCACCAUAAUCUAUGCCAUGCCUCUGUUGCUGGUGGCCCUAGGAGUCGCCUGCGCCGACGAAAGCCCCAAGUUCCUGGUCGCUAAGGGUAAGAAACGACAAGCGUUAGCUGUUUUGAAGAAAAUAUACGCGGUUAAUAGCGGGCUGACAGAAGAUCUUUACUGCGUGACUUCUCUUCGGGAUGACGGCAAGCGCAUGACCACCGAACCAGGUCCUGGGUGUGUGGUGACCAAAUGGAGAGGAGACUCCACCUUGACUCUGUUGCGACCUCCUUAUCUCAAGUGGCUGGCGCUGACUGGUUUUCUUAUGUUUGGAUUGUUUUCGUUGUUAAAUGGAUUAUUCCUAUUGGCUCCAGACACCAUAAACAAAAUAUUCUCCGAUCCAAUCGUGGACGAAGGGAACAUUUGUGUGUUCAUCGACCAAUCUUCUAAUGACACAUUAAACAAGCCCAGCGAAGCGUGCGUGGACACCAUAUCCCACGCCACCUUCCUCAUCAUGGUGGUCACGACCCUGGUGUACAGCAUCGUGGUGCUCCUAGCGUGUCUGAGCCCCAUCAACAAGAAGACCUUGUUGAUCGCCAUGUUCACCACCGUUGGGGCAGCUUGCUUGAUGUCUGGACUUCAGGAGAACAGAUUGGUAGCAGGUGUGGCAAUGUCAGCAAUGCAGCUGACAGCUCUGGGUAUUGGUCCUUUGACGGCGUAUACCUGUCACCUCUUCCCCACGACCUUGAGAGGGACAGCCGUGGGCGCCGUUCUAAUGUUUGGGCGGGUGGGGUCGGUGGCGGGCGCGAGCGCAGCGGGCUACUUCCUCGCCGCCGCCUGCGCAGGCACCUUCUAUGGCUUCUCCGCGCUGCUGUUCUUAUGCGCAGCCCUUAGUUUCCUGCUGCCGACUCAACACGACUCGCACCGAUCGUGUGACUACGAAGACACUGACGCCAGAUGAUGUACCAAUAUCUAUUUAAUAUUUAAGUUGUAAUCAUGUAGCUUAACUUAUU